CGAUGUUGACACUGCUCGUGUUGCACAAAACAAAUGCGGUUCAAAACACACAACAACUGUAUCAAUAUAAUAUAAGAAUAUUGUGGCAGUUUGUUACUCGACAUGUCGCCGUUUACUUCUACGAUCAACGCGUUAAUUAUUGUCCGUACGUCUCUCUCGCACUCGCUCGUUCUUAAAUAUACAACAAAUGAGGAAGGUCAGGGAUUUUAAUUAAUGCUGGCAAACGCCGAACGUGUGUUUCCUAACUCGAUUAAUGUUUUAAUACAAAAUUUCACCUUUCGUGCCAGUUUUUUGUGUCUUUUUGUCGCCACCACCGCAGCCACCACCAUCAUCGACAUCGUCGCGAAAUCAUAUUUCAAUGAUUAUACAACGUUUUGUUGAAAAAAAAACCAUUUUGUCGUCGCGAGUCGCGAAUUUUUUUUCGACAUUGUAUUUCGAUAAUAAAUCAACCAACAUAAUUACAAAGUCGAAGGAAUAAUUGGUCGUCGUUUGUUACCGUUACAAGAAAUUGGCCACCAUGUACGCGAUCUGAUCGUCUCUUUCAUCGCCAGUGUAUUUCUUCUUAUAAUCGUAUCACUCAAUAAUGCAGAUUCGUAUCGAUCAAGACGUCAAAAUGAACGAGAAGUGCAUUAGUGCAGUGUUUUUCGAGACUUGAAGUGAAUCCUAUACCUACAUACUCGUACCUAUAUUCUACAAGUGUACCUGUAGAAAAGAUAUAGCUGCCUGCUACCUUAUUGCGGUGUCCUCAGCCCUCUUCGUAUCGUUGUGUAAACUUUAACUUAUAUGCUGCGGUGUUAUUCGCGCGUCGUUCACAGCUUUGGAAUUUUUAAAGUUGCAAUUUUUACCAAAUAAAUUUGUGGUUGACAUUUUUUGAGAUGCGCAGACACAAUUUGUUCGAAUGGGUAACCAAAUGUUGGGUUUUAUUUCAUGGUUCAUAUGCGAAUACGAAAGACAUUUUUAUUUCUGCAUCAUGAACUGUAGCAAUGUCGUUCCUGAAUUAUCGCGAUAUUAGGACAUUUUUCACGAUUUUUUUACUCGCUUCAAUACAGUGUUUACCGACAGUUCUAGGAGGUAUAUGUUGGACGAAGAUGACGAAUAAAAAAGGCUACUGCAAGGAAAUCCUAAAGAAUAACAUAUCGCAGGAAAACUGCUGCAGUGAAACAGAUGCCAGCACAGCGUACACUGCAGAAGAUUACCGCCCUCAAUUGUUGUUCUUCUUGCGAGCUAUGGGCGAUGGUGUCCCUUGCAAGCCCUGCAAAGAAACUUGCGAAAGUCUACAAUGCGAAGUUGGAAAAAAAUGCGUCGUUAAACAGGACCGGCCAACUUGCAUUUGUGCUCCGAAAUGUAAACAUCAGAAAAAUACCAAAAAAGGUCCAGUCUGCGGUACAGAUGCCAGAACUUACAAGUCGUUGUGUCGUUUGAAGAAAAGAGCCUGCAGAACAAACGAUCAGACUUUAAACGUCAACUACUACGGAUUAUGUCAAAGUUCCUGCCAAAAUGUAAAAUGCCCCGCAGAUAAAUCCUGCGUCCAAGAUCAAAACUUGAAUGCCCAUUGCGUGAAAUGCAAUUUCUGUUCUAAUCGAACUCCAUCCAAUCCUCGAAGAGUUUGCGGUAUCGAUGGCAUAACAUAUCGUAGCGCUUGUCAUCUUCGACAAAUUUCUUGUCUCAAUGGUCGGUCCAUUACUACAGCAUACGAAGGCCGUUGCAAAAGCAAUGCAAGUUGUAAAAAUAUCCGGUGUCCUCGCGGAGAGAAAUGCCUAAUGCAUAAAGCUAGCAAUUUACCACGUUGCGUAUCUUGUUCCGAGUGCCCAAAAUGGAAAACAGCAGCAGCCAUACGUAGAGAAAUGGGAGGUCCGAUUUGUGGCACUAAUAAUCAAACCUACGACUCGUGGUGUUUUAUGGUUGAAGAUUCUUGUCGUUUAGGAUACGUAGUCGAGACACAAUUUGCCGCAUCAUGUCAAACAGGAAAUAAAUCGUUAGAAUUUUUAGAUAAUUCGGUUAUGGGCAAAUUUGGGUGAAUUCGAAGACACCAGUUUCGUUCACAGUCCCACCUGUAAUUUAGUCUAUUUGUACAUUAGUAGAAGAUGUAAUUUUAAGCAAUAAGUUUAGUAUAAUUAUCUACAUUCAUCGAUUAAUAAUUUAUUUUCAUUAAUAAAAUUUAAGAUCGGAUGUUUCUAAGACUUGAAAUCAGAAAUCCAAAGCUUUAAAAUAUAUUUUAAUCGAUCUAGGAAA